UCAUAACUAGGAUUUAGCUCUAAAUACUCAACAAACAAAAACUUUUAAUAAAUGAUUUUAAUGAUAGGAAUUUUUUUUAUUUGACUCAUCAGAUUAAAAUAAAAAAAUGUCUCCUUUGUUGGAUUCUGGGAAAUAUCCAUUAUCCAAAUAUCCAAGGCAAACCUCAACACACACGUCACGAGUGUUGAGUGUCCAUCACUCUCUCAAGAUGAGGUCUCCAUCCAUCCAUCCAUCCAUCCAUCCAUCCAUCCAUCCAUCCAUCCAUCCAUCUUUGUUGUCUACUGAUCCGUGAAAUCCCGAGCCAAGUCCAGCUGUUUGGACCACAGUCCCAUCCCUGCCCUUCCUGGGUGUCCCCACUUUCCCCAUCAUCUAUCCCCUGAGGACUGUUAAGACCUCCUCCAGCACAUCGUCCACCACAGACCAAGAGCCUCAGCUGCACUCUUGCUCUGUGCUUUUUAAAAAUAGGCUGGGAUAUCAGCCUGGACAGCUCAGAGACCUGGACGCAUCCUGGGGAUUAAGGAAUGUCUCCAUACUUCCCAGAUCCUUCAUAUCUGUGUGAAUCCUCUGAGUAAUCUUCUCUGUGUGUGUAUGUUUAUAUCUUUGCAUGUGUGUGUGAAGAUAGAUCCUGUAUUACUAGUGAAAGAGAGGAUCUUCUGCCCAGAUGAGAGAGUGGACUGAGUUGGAGAUGAGUUUUUCGGCUGGGGGGUUUCUCUCCUCCUCGGAUGGUUACUGCUCUACAGAGCAACAGCUCCAGUACUACGACAUGCUGGCUGACCCUCUGGGCUACCCCCUGCAGGAUCCUGACCUCCAGCUGCUCCCUUACAGCCAACAGCAGUACAGCCAUGCCAACCUGCCCUUCUCCCUCUAUGGCUCUCCACCCUCCUCCACUUCCUCUCCCUCCUCCUCCUCUUCUUCCUCCUCACAGCAUCCUCAGUACCACUACAGCCCUCACUGCCUGGAGGGGCCCUGUGAUCCCACUUCUGAGCCCCACGGUGAGGCCCUGGUUCAGGGGCUCGGUGCGGUCGGUUUGCCUCUGGGACGGAGAACACGAAUGGGGUUGGGAGGGAAGAGCAGAGGUCAGGAGGAGCUGUGUGUGGUGUGUGGAGAUAAAGCGUCAGGGUAUCACUACAACGCUCUUACCUGCGAGGGUUGUAAAGGUUUCUUCAGGCGUAGUGUGACUAAAAAGGCUGUGUAUCACUGCAAGAGUGGCGGUGGCUGUGAGAUGGACAUGUACAUGAGGAGGAAGUGCCAAGACUGCCGGCUGAGGAAGUGCCGCGCAGUGGGGAUGUUGGCUGAGUGCCUUCUGACGGAGGUGCAGUGCCAGUCUAAACGACUAAGGAAAGGAAGUAAAAGCAGAGGACCAGAGGAAGAGGAGAACACAGACAGCAAGAGAGUCAGCCCCAGCAGCAGACUACCUGGACAGGCUUUGUCUGCCAGUUUAACCCAAGAGCAGAAGUACAUCGUGGACAGGAUGGUGGAGGCCCAUCGUCUGUACAGAACACAGGACAGCAGCUGCUGCAGGUUGUUUGAGUGGCCAUGUACAGAAGAAGGGGACGGCUUUUCUGAUGUUGUGUCACCCCACCUUCAACGACUGCUACAGUUCGCUAGGACAGUGCCAGGUUUUGACCUCCUGGACUUUUCAGAGCAGAGCUCUCUCUUGUCUGUCUCGGCCCUGGAGGUUAUGUUCCUGCUCUCAGCUCAGCAGUUCUCCCACAACCCAGCAAGCCCCAGUCCAGUUUCUUCUUUAAUAUCAGCCAUGCAGCUUUUUGGCAUGUCAGCACACACCUGGUUGAGAAAUGUAGAGUCAAAGGAAAACAUCCACAACAGGACACUGUACAACUCAGGAGGCAGUGAGGAUCUCUUCAGCCCGAUGCUCAACUUCUUCCACAGCAUGGCAACACUGCGGGUGACGGAGGCUGAGUACGCCCUGCUCACGGCUACAGCUCUGCUCUGCUCAGACCGUGCGUCUCUGCAGACAGCCAGCUCUGUUGAGAAAAUGCAGGAACUGAUCCUGGACCUGCUCUCCAGGGUGUGUGGAGCCCAGGCCGGAGCUGCACGAGGGGGACCACAGCGGUUUGGCCGCCUGCUGAGCAGACUGACAGAGCUACGAACCCUCCGUCACAACUACCUCCUGCUGACAAGCCAGCAGCCUGGACUCUGACGGAGAGGAUGUACUGGAUAUUGGUGAAAAAUUGUACAAAGUAAUUUUGGAAACACAAGAUUUUCAUUUGAUAUUGAUCAGACUGUGUUGGAUUAUUUUGUCUCUGUUGUCGAAAAUCUUCCUUUUCUCUCAGCUGAUUUCACUUUAAUCAGUCCUGCAGUUAUUACUGAACUUUUAGCCUCUAAUGGGACUGAAGUGUGUGUAUGUGGACUGUAGUUUGUUGGGACAAAGGAUAUUUUAUAGCUCUUUUUUUUUACUGUUGUAUGCAGCUAAUAUGUACACUUAACAUUCCUUUUUACUAUGUUGAUCAUUGUUAAAAUAAAACAAAAAUGCAGACUGCGUACAAGCUGGAGUUCACUUCUGACUGCAAUAAGUUAAAAUCGUGAUGAUCG